AUGUUGACCAAGGGCGGCGGCUGGUGGUGGGAGAAGGUGAGGAGGGGUAUAAGGACGGCUUAUUUCAUGGUAGCCAUGGUCACGUCCCUGUUGGUGGUGUCUUUGCCGGUGGUUGUGGCUAUCAUUGACGCCAUUUUUCCAUGCCUUUUGAUAUCUAGCUUCACGUGCGUCAAAUGUUAUAGUUACAAGGAGCAUUUGAGAAGAUACACCUUUAAGAGCUCGCUUAUGGAUAUUCCUCUUGUUUCCAUCGUCAGAUCUAUCAUCAUUACAUGUGUAUAUACGAUGUGUGAUGGUCCAGCACUGUCACACGGCCCCUAUUUAGGAACCGUUACUAUUUGCUCCUUGGUCUCGGUUUUUCUUCUUUCAAUCAAGGCUUGUUUCUUCACCGUUAGCUCUCAGCUCAUGGACGAAGCUUCAGUUUCUCUCUCAAGGAAGAGGCUCCAUCUGAAGAAAUCUUGGGGAAUGCCCGUCUUGUUUCUCUCUUCCGUGGUCUUUGCUCUUGGGCACAUUGUCGUGGCCUACCGGACUAGCUGCAAAGCUAGGAGGAAACUUAUUUUUCACCGUGUUGAUCCAGAGGCUGUUCUUUCCUGCAAAAUGGUCUUCUCUGGUUUCCCAAAGAUUCCACGAUCGCCCACUCCAUCCAGUGGAAAAUCAUCGCAAAUUGACGACAGCUUAACAAAGCGAAAAGCACCAGAAUUGUUUCAUGACGAUGAGGAGCUUCCACUCAGUUUGCUAGCUGAUGCAGAUAGUUUAUUCAUUUCCUGUCAGGGGCUCACGGUUCAUUACAAGAUAAGCGUGCCCGGAUCACCAUCCCGUUCCUUGUCCUCCAUUUCUCUUCACAACCACACAUCAUCAUUAAACAAUCCACUGAAAACCCAACUUAGUAUUCACAGAAGCAUAAGCAACCAAUUCUCUAGUGCCAGUUCCCCACUUGAUACACCCCUCCUGGCUAGUUCACCAAACUCCCCAGUCUCUGAAUAUUUGCCUAUCUUGAACUUAAAUGACAUGUUCGAGGAGGAUGAUGUUAAAAAAGUGGGGUCACCUGUGAUGGAAGGUUCCGAACAAUUUGGGAUUGUGUUGGUCCAUGGGUUUGGGGGAGGGGUCUUCUCUUGGAGGAAAGUGAUGGGGCCUCUAGCUAGGCAAACUGGUUGCAUGGUUGCUGCUUUUGACCGACCUGGGUGGGGUCUGACAUCAAGGCCAAGGCACAAGGAUUGGGAGGAUAAUCGACUGCCUAAUCCUUACAAGCUCGACAGUCAGGUGGACCUGCUGCUUUCUUUUUGUUUGGAGAUGAAGUUGACCUCGGUUGUGUUUGUUGGACACGAUGAUGGAGGACUGCUCGCCCUGAAGGCUGCACAGAAGCUUCAGUCAUCAGCUAACUCAGUGAAGCUUGAAAUAAAGGGAACCAUUUUACUGAACAUGAGUUUGUCGAGAGAACUGGUUCCUGCUUUUGCAAGAAUAUUAUUACGCACUUCUCUGGGGAAAAAACACUUGGUGCGUCCUCUUCUUCGAACUGAAAUUACCCAAGUGGUCAACCGUCGAGCCUGGCACGAUGCAACCAAAUUGACAACUGAAGUCUUAAACCUAUAUAAGGCCCCAUUGCAUGUAGAAGGUUGGGAUGAGGCACUUCAUGAAAUAGGAAAACUAUCUUUUGAGACAGUCUUAACUCCACAAGACGCAGCUUUGGUUCUGAAAACAGUCGAAACACUACCUGUCUUAUUUGUUGCCGGUUCUGAAGAUGUCCUUGUCCCUCCCAACUCUGUUCAAACCUUGGCUUCUACACUCGCCAAUUCUAGAAUGGUGGCAAUAUCUGGCUGUGGCCAUCUUCCGCACGAGGAAUGUCCAAAAGCGCUGCUUACGGCGGUAACACCAUUUAUAAAUAGGCUCGUAUUAAAACCAGAAUUGCAAAAUCAUUAG